AUGUCCCCGCGAUGGACGCGGCCAACAUUAUUGGCCAAACCCCGCGCCUCAAAGGUUCGUCUCUCAACCCCCUUCCACAACCGCUUCGAGCACAGCCUGGGCGUGGCCCACCUCUCUGCCGCCUUCGUCGACCGCCUCUACGCCAACGCGCGCGACCCGUACGCACGCCGCCAAUACGACAACCCCCGCCACUACCGCCACGCCCGCACCCUCGUCCAGCUCGCAGGCCUGUGCCACGACCUCGGCCAUGGCCCGUAUUCCCACCUCUUCGACCACGUCUUUCUCCCCGCCGUCCCGGGUAUGGCCGCACACCCCAUGCGCUUGCACGAGGCCCGCUCCGCUAUGAUGUUCCGCCAUCUCGUCGAUGCGCACGCCGUCGAUUUGCAGCCGCCUGACGUCCGCCAUGUCGCCGACCUCAUCGCCGGCCGGGGCCGGGAGGGCGCGCCGUCGCUGCGCCCGGCCUUUCUGUAUGACAUCGUCGCCAACGCGAAGAACGGCAUCGACACGGACAAAUUUGACUACCUCGCCCGCGACGUGUACAGCUUGGGCUUGCAGACGGCCUACGGCUUCGACCACCAGCGCCUCAUCAGUUUUGCCAAAGUCGUGCGCGACGACGUCUGUUUCCACAGGAAGGAGCUCUUUAAUGUGCACAACCUCUUCCUUACCCGCUUCCAACUCCACCGUACGUUCCCACCAACGCCGUUCGUCCCCGCCUUGCGCCGUAUACAUUUUGCUGACAGUCCGCAUGCCCCAUUUCACCCACAGGUACGAUAUACAACCACCGUGCCUCACUCGGCAUCGCCGCCAUGGUUGCCGACGCCUUUCUCGCGGCAGACCGCCCGCUCGCCAUCUCGGCCUCCAUCGCCGACCCAGUCGCCUUCAUGCGCCUCACUGACGCCCUCCUCCCGAGACCUCUACCGCUUCGUUGAUGAGAUUCUGCUGCCGCCGGGCCGAGUGUGCACCGUCGCGCCGCAAGACAUCACCACCUGCCAGGACCUUUCCACUGGUGUUAACUUGGUACCGGAGGACGUUUACGUCGUCCAUGUGCCGCUCCACUUUGGUAUGAAGUCAAAAAAUCCCGUCGAUAACGUCUUAUUCUUCAAGGACUGGGAGGACCAAUCGCCAGAGCACUUGUCCACAGCAAAAGCCUCGUAUGUGCUCCCGGUCACGUUUGAAGAGAACAUCCUGCGAGUAUUCGUGAAGCGAGAGAGGGGGGAAGCUGACGCCUUAAUCAAGAGAGCCGUGACAGUUGCUUUCCGCAACUUUGUCCGGCGAUCAGGUUUGGACCCGUCGCCCGCUUCCGAGAUGUCGCGCAAGAAUAACCAUCCCCACACCCCGGGCCACUUUCCUACCAUAAAACCUCGGCUUCGCCCCCCCCCCCCCCCCCCCCCCGCUGUCCUCCCGGCGUUGUCGCCUGGGCUAUGCCGAGUAGGGUGCUUGUGUGUGAUCGCUGCCGCGCCGCACUCAUGCAGUGUCUUUGCCGGCCCGCCGUGCGCACGUCGCGGCGGGACACGCGCCAGCUCUGGCCUGUGCCGUCGGCAGCACGGGCUAGCGCGGGCGCGGAUCGAGGCCUAG